AUGCCAAAGAUUGCACAUCAGUCUCUUUCGGAAAGGCUUAUUACACUUGUCAAGCAUCCACAAUUUACUUGGUGGUGUGGACAUCUUAUUAUGCUAUUUUGUACAUUUUUUUAUUGUUUUAAUUGGAUCACUUUUAAUAGUGAACGGGCAGCUUCCUAUUACUACAUAGCAUAUUUGGGUUCUAUGUUAAGUUAUGGCGUGGUUGUUUAUAAAGUAUCUGGUAAACCAAGUUUAAGUUAUGAAUAUUUAAGAAAAAUCAACAAAGAUGAAAACAUCUUUUAUCUUAUUUUGGCAUUAAAUUGGUACUUCAAUACACCAGUUACAGUUACACUUUUUCCAUACGCAACAUUUUCUUUAUUCCAUUUUGUAACGUAUCUACGUCUAAAUAUUCUUACAACAUUUUUCCCACCACCAUCAACACCUCCUCAAUCAUCUCCAUCUCAACCCAGAGCAUUAUCGAUCACACCUGCUCAUCAAUGGGCAAUUGAUUUGUCGAAAUGGAUUUCUCUCUGGGUCCAAAAUAAUCAUGAGCCUGCAAUGAAAUAUGUCAGUCUUGUUGAAGUGGUUGUAAUUCCUUUGACUUUACUUUGGAAUGUCAUAACCUACUUGGACAACAAAUUAUUACCACCAACUGCCAGCAAGAAGAUUCCACCUUAUGUAACAUCAACUUAUAAAAAGUUGAGAGCUUUCAUUAUCGGAGCUGGUCAAUACAAUCCCCAGCAUUCUUUUAAUACGAGACAACAUCAACAGUAA